CGCGUCGCUCAGCUCUCGUAGCACCGUAGCGCGUAGCAAACCGCAGUGACGUUACACCUCAAUAUCGACAACUACGAUCAAAUUCACAUCGAGUGCUCACGUGAUUGUGUAUUCAAAUUGUGAUCGACGCACUGUGCCGUGAUGAAAGUUGCUCAACCCUCGCAUGGAUACUAACGCGAUUUCGUUAACCGUGAUAAACAAGAACCUUCAACUGCUUUCUGUAUAACCCCGGAGUCAUGUUGAGGAAAGGUUGGAGCCAUUGGGGCGUGACCGUGGAGGCGUCAUGAGCGCGGCCGCGCUGCGGGCGGACGGCGCGGGCGACUCCACGCCCGGCUCCGACGUCGGCGAGCGGAUCACGCGGCUCUUCCCCAAGUGCCGCCCCAAGAACAUGCAGCACCAACACGAGAGACUGAGCUCCACGCUGGAGGGGCGCGAGAGAGAACGGGACAACAAUGUCAACAACGUCUCCUCCGACGACGAGAGAGGGGAGGGGCAGCUUGUCAUCCUUAACUCUAAAGGUGGCACUUACAAACUCAGAGAUUCUAGGAUAAUAGAAAUAGCGGGAGGUCGGGAAAUAUACUCGCAGAGCCGGACCAAGGCCGUGCGGAAGCUGCGACACAACAACACACACAAACACAACAUGAGGAACAAAGUGCGCUCCCUAAACAAGGACACUGUCGACUACGGCACGGAGAACAUUACAAAUGAGAUCCCAUUACAUAGGAUAAACAGUGAGCCCAAAAAGAUGGUGUCCAGACACACGUCGCCCACCUACACGAAUGGGGACAGGGAACCUAUAAUUGAAGCCAACCCCAUGGGCAUUCCCAAAAACAGUUCUCCAAUACUCGACCCCCAUAAAACUACAGAUGUCAGCACAAAAAGCAGCCCCAUAGCUGUAGUGGCUGAUGGGGAAGUCGUUGUUUUUGACGACAACGACGACUGGAAAGUGAUAUUGAAUUCUGUGUCUCUAGGUUUGAGGACGGAACCCGAUGCUAGUGAUGACGAGAUAGAUAUGAGUGUAAAAAGGACUAUUGACAAUAUGAAAAACGGUGACAGUGAUAUGUUGAACAAUAAGAGUGAGAGUGACGCGGGUAGUGAGUCGACUCCGUCGCGGGAAGACGUGCGGCUGAGUGACGCCAGUCCCUCCGGGGUGUGGUUGUCUGGUGAUGAGGACAAGAACAGGGUUACUAGAGUGAUAGGGGAACUGCCUAUAGCUGAAUACGAGGGGUCGCCGCGGAGGUACGGCAUUGUAGCUCAAAAAACGACAAAUAGAUCGCCGAGGCCCGGCUUCCCACAGAGGGUAGUGACAGAAAGCAGAGACAUUUCACCGCCGUCGGGGUCGGCGGCGUUCGACUACCUGUACGAAUUUUCGGAAACUAGAAAAGUAUUAGAAGAGUUCUUCAGAUGUCCCGCUGUUACGGGCCACGCUCAGUUGAACAGCAACGACGAGAUUGUUAAUUUUCAGUCUCUCGUGCAGGACUUGGACUACGAGCUGCGGAGGCAGACGCAGGAGUGUCCCUCCGAGAAUGGACUGGAGGCCGGCAGCGAGUCCGAGUGGCCGCAUGUUACUGACACCUUGGACUCACCGCAUACGGCGCAUAAUCACACAAACUUCUUGGGACUACAGCAACAAAGAUCAGUAUCCCGGUACCCUGAGCCCAAUGUAUCCGAGCUAAGCGUGGGCGCUGCGUGGAGCGGAUCGGCGUCACCAGCGGCGCCGGCGCGGCGCGAAAGGGAGCGAGAUCGCGUGCCUUUCGCGCUGUCGUCUGACACUAGUGACAGCGGCAGCGACCUGUCACUCAUGAUCAUGGAAAAUGACUUGGCAGAGAUGAAAGCAAACGCAAUACAGAUGGAAACCGCGCGAGUGGUGGUGACGCACUUGCCUGUGGUGGAAGAUGGCCUGUCUUCCGGACAUGCGUCGGACACCGACAAUAAUAACCAGAACCAUUCAUCAGUUAUAAUAGAAGAAAUUAUUGAGAAUGGAACUGCAGAUUCUCAUGUGCCUCUUUCGGAUGCUGACUUACACUCCCUGGAUCCACUAGCAUGCAGCGAAGUCCCGCCGCCACCGCCAGCGCCGGCGCCUCACAGACCGCCCGAAGCGCCGCACGCACCGCUCGCCGCCCUCGCACCGCGCUCGCACCAUUCGCCCCGCGCGCCGCCGUCUCAGCACUCCCAGCAUACGCCGCACCACCACCACCCGCCGCACCACGAAGAUGUGUACCCGCCCAGAAAAAGGCCAUCUUCAGCACAGAGCACGGAAUCAGUAGAAGUGAAACCAGCAAGCGGUGAUGAAGAUGAAGCAGACACGGAUUUGGAGACAGACAGAUUGCUGGGUCAGCAGAGAACAGACGAUCAAGGCUUCUUUGACGAUAAAGGCUGGCGCAAGCCGAAGUCGCGCACGGUGAUGCCGGCAGGCAGCGUGUCGGGUGCUCGCUCGCCGCAUGCGCACGACGCCGAUGCGCGCGACGACGAUGCUCUGGCGCUGCACAAUGGCAAGGACAAAGAUGGAAAGAAGAAAAGUAGUAAAAGCAAAGAAGAUGAAUCACUAAACUGGGCCCCUUCAGUUCUGAUCGAAGGCGUUUUAUUCCGUGCGCGGUAUCUGGGCUCGACACAACUUGCUUGCGAGGGUCAACCUACGAAGGCUACAAGAAUGCUACAGGCAGAGGAAGCCGUCUCCAGGAUCAAGGCUUUGGCUCCCGAAGGUGAAAACCAGCCAAGUACAGAAGUGGACCUUUUUAUAUCUACAGAGAAGAUAAUGGUCUUAAACACAGAACUGAAGGAAAUCAUGAUGGACCACGCCCUCAGGACAAUAUCGUACAUAGCUGAUAUUGGAGAUUUAGUUGUGCUCAUGGCCAGGAGAAGAUUCGUGCCUCACGAGACCGACUCCGAUCAACCGAAAUUGAACCGUACGCCCAAGAUGAUUUGCCACGUUUUUGAAAGCGAGGAGGCCCAAUUCAUAGCUCAAUCGAUCGGGCAAGCGUUCCAAGUGGCAUACAUGGAGUUCCUCAAAGCCAAUGGCAUCGAGGACCACAGCUUCGUCAAGGAGAUGGACUACCAGGAAGUCCUGAACAGCCAGGAGAUAUUCGGCGACGAGUUACAGAUGUUUGCGAAGAAGGAACUGCAGAAAGAAGUGGUGGUGCCGAAGACUAAAGGAGAGAUAUUGGGGGUGGUUGUGGUGGAGUCGGGAUGGGGUUCCAUGCUGCCGACGGUGGUGAUAGCGAAUCUAGCGCCGGCCGGUGCCGCGGCGAGGUGUGGGCAGUUGAAUAUAGGUGAUCAAAUAAUAGCAAUCAACGGCGUGAGCCUCGUCGGCCUGCCAUUAUCAACUUGUCAGACCUACAUCAAGAACUCCAAGAACCAGACCGUGGUGAAACUGACCGUGGUACCGUGCGCGCCCGUGGUCGAAGUCAAGAUCAAGCGGCCCGACACCAAGUACCAGCUUGGGUUCAGCGUGCAAAAUGGUGUGAUAUGCAGCUUACUCCGCGGCGGCAUAGCGGAGCGCGGCGGCGUGCGCGUCGGCCACCGCAUCAUCGAGAUCAACUCGCAGAGCGUCGUCGCCGUGCCGCACGAGCGCAUCGUCAACUUACUGGCCACUUCUGUGGGCGAGAUCCUAAUGAAGACGAUGCCGACGUCGAUGUUCCGGCUGCUGACCGGGCAGGAGAACCCGGUGUUCAUCUAAGCGCGCGCGCCGCCGCCACAAGUGCCUGCUUACAUAUACGCGCCCACGCGAGCUCUGUUCUCGGCCUGUAUACGGUAUAGCGACACCCUGUAUGGUAUAGCUAUUAUUACACAGGUACAGGUUAUUACCUGUAUACGGUAUGGCAACAACCUGUAUACGGUAUGGCAACAACCUGUAUACGGUAUGGCAACACCCUGUAUGGUAUAGCAAUAACCUGUAUACAUAGCAACAACCUGUAUACAUUAUAGCAACAACCUGUACUGACUGUAUUUACAAGCCAUCUUAUAAAUAGAGGUACCCACUAUGUUGUCCAAUACAUGACAACCCUCUAUAUAGUACAGUACAGUCGUAUUCUGUAUAAAGAUUAUUUUGUCCAAUAUACAGUACAGUAAAACUGCCUCUUUCUUAAUAAUUUGAACGAUAAAGUUCCUUUGAAAAAAUGCUUCACUUGUGGAGGACCUCAUAUCAAGAGUUAGUUCUUUAUUGUUAUUACCUACCUAUAAUGUAAAGGAAAAUCUGCAGGGAGUUGCUUACCAAAAACCGUGGACAUAACAAAUAUUGUACUAAAGGCGAGAAUAGAGCUAAACAGUAGCUUAGCUGACAAAAAUACUCAAACAACUAAGUUAUGUGAUGUCAAGUUUCAAAUGCUUAUAUGCUUACGUGGCUAGGUAAGAUAGGUCAUAAGUUGUACUCUGUAACUUUCGUCUCACCGGUUUGUAUUUGCUACGUCGAAUUUUAGUGUUAAGUCCGAAAAUCUAUGUCAAGAGUAUACAUUCAGAAAGCGAUGAUUCGACACUGGACAAUAUUGAUCACGUUCUUAAAUGGGUCCAAUUCUGAUACGUUCAUUGUUUUCAAAAGUAAGCUAUCUCUUUCCUUCCAAUAAAUGAAGAAGAACACUAGUAACAGAGAGUUUCAUAAUGAAAUCCUGCUAGAGUUACAGAAACAAUUGAAUAAUAUCAGAAUUGGAUCCAUCUGGUUGUUUGACGUUAACGGUAGCAAGUCCAAAUCGGCAUACGUAUUCUCAUGACAAUGUGUAUACAUUACAUACUCCAUUUAACGAAUGAUUAUAUCAACCCACUCAUAUCUGCUUAGAUAGUUUCGUAUUUACUAUUGUCAGUCAAGUCUGUUGUAUGGUUUACUAAUGUUUUUUCCCCUUUCCUAAUUUUUCAUGACACAUUUUACCGAGAAUAUUAAAUAGUUUUAAAUAAAUGUUUAAUAUAAGCGGUAUUGUAAAGGGCCUAGUUGUAAAACGACCUUGGUAUUAUGGUUUUCAUUGGUAGAAGAAAGAUUGGUAUGGUGUUAGUAAAAAUUGGUUUUCGAUAUGAAAGAUUGAAUGGUUUAAGAAUACCACCAAUUUCUCGAACAUUUUUUUAGAAGCUUCUCGAAAGUUUGUUUAAUUUCUUAACAGUUGCUGAAAUUGUAAAAAUACUCCACAAACCAAAUUGACCACGUUGAAGUGUUCGGGAAACUAUAGUUUUAGGAUCUGUUUGGUAAAAUAUUUUCCUCAAGCCAUAUUUUUAUUAUUGCCAUUUUUUUACUCUAGUUGUUUUUACGAUCUGUUGUUAAAUGAAGAACAAUUUUUAAUAUUCUAAUUACGUUUUCACUUGUAUCGAGCCAUUCCAACAUUUUACAUUUUAUUUAUUUUAUUAAUUAGGUAGAUAUUUUAUCAUAGGAAUUCGAAAUGUAUAUUUUAUAUUUUUUAUAGUGUGCGUUAUUCUAUUCUUUGUUUCUCUUGUCGACAUUGCACCAUAGUUCAAAUCCAUUUCAUACGAGACUUCUUUGACAAAACAACAUUUAUUUGAGGAUUCUGAGCUAAAUAGGAAGUACCGAAUGUAUAAAUAUCGACGUGUGAUUUUGAAGUGUUGUUCUGUCGGAGAGGUCACACGUGUAAAGCUUAGAUAGAGCAUUCAGGUUCCCAAAAUGAUUGUGAUUCAGGCGCGCAGCAUCGUUCGUGUCAGCAUCUUUAUCAAAUGCCUGAUUCGCGCCAUUUUCUCAACCGCGGAUCAACGGUGAUCAAUAUAAAAAAGAAUUGAUUAGUCGAUAUAGGUACCUAAUAAAUAAAAGCAUUAUUUCGUGUAGCGUUUCAAAGAUAUAUCAUAUUUUGUAAAUUUUAUAGUGUCGCUAUAGCAUAUGUAACCUAUAUUAUAUUGUAUGUAUGUAUUUCCUGUGUUCUUAGCUAAGCUUAGCGCUCUGAGGACGAGUUUCUAUAUUUAUUUAUGUAUAAAAUAUUUAUUUAUAGCCACCAAAUUAGUCCAACCACUCAAGUAAUCCGCUUCCUACUAUUUAAUACCUACUCCUUGUUCAAAUGUCCCUUUUAUUAUAAUUGGCUGCCCUACAAACUUAUGAUUUAGUUGCAACGGUCGACGCCCUAUCAAUUAGGUAAUAGGUAUACUUAUUUGUAUUUUAGUCGAAAACUCUAUUGGCCUUGUAGUUUUUUGUCGAUGGCCAAUAUUGGAUAGUGCAGCCUUGCUACACUUUGAGAUCUAGGCACAAACUCACAAAAUGUACUAUCAUAAUUUUACUGUCUGACUCUUCUAUGUAUAAAACUAAUUCACACUAUGUAGCAAGCUCACUUUGAUCCUAUAAAAAUAGAUACAAUCACAGUAUGAAUCAUUAUUGAAUUAGCACAGUCAUAUACAUAUUAUUUUGAAUAUCUUUAUUGAAUAUCUGUUUUGCUCCGAUUUAACAGUUUAGUUUUUUAUUUAGUACAGGAAAACAUUGUUUUGAGUCGUUUAUUGUAAAUGAGAUAUGUAAUAGUUUCAGUCAAGGGCGUCGACCUAUCCCUUGUUAAUUUAUCAAUCAAUUUAUUAACAUAAUAUAAUAGGUAUACAAUCUGAUAUGUAAUUUUAUAUUGCUAGCUGUUGUGAAUAAGAUUUAUUUA